UUAAUUUCUAUUUAUAUAGUUUAACUUUUUCUUGUAAGUAGGUGCUUGGGUUUGAUUGCAGAUACUUUUUGAGUAAACAAGGUAGAAUAACUUUAUAAUUUUUUAGAUGCCUGCGAGAAGAAAAAUAUCUCCAAGACAAAUGGAUAUUCUUCUAGAGUUUGCAGAGUCGAAUCGCGACAUAGCCUUAGGUCGCUUAACAGGCGGACCACUAGCCCAUCAGGCUACCCGGCAAGCUUGGGUUUCAGUAGCCAAGAAACUCAAUGCAAUAGCGGAAGGUUUCACAAAAACGCCUGACCAGUGGCGUCGCUAUUGGAUAGAGUUCAAGGCGAAAAUAAAGUCUAAAGCUGCAGACUCUAGGAGGAAUGCCUCAGCAACCGGUGGAGGGCCUAACAAACUUGUUCCUCUUACUCAAGCAGAAGAAAGAGGGCUGGCAAUAAUUGGUACAGUAGCGGUGGAGGGUUUGCCUGGUGUGCGCCUGCCUCUUGAUAUACCUACAGCAGAAGGGAGUCGGCCUCCAGUCACCUCAGAGACCGUACCAGCCAGCCCCAGUACAGCAUUACCCUUGCCAAAUUCCUUAGCUCCUUAUCCUGAUACAGAACCUCCGAUGGAUGUGGAAUUUCUUGAAGAAGAAGUUCCAUUUCCAUUAGGCGUUCAAUCCCCUGAACCUUCAUCCUCAAAGUCACUUCUCCCAAACACAGAGCCCCCUGCCCCUGCCACACAUAUACAGUCAGUCGAUCAACCUGAAGUUGCAUCACCAAGAGAAGAAAGGCCUCCCGUGCACUUGACUCUGCCUACCCAAAGAUCAACAUCACGAAGGCAAAAAAUGCGUCGAGAUGAGCGAGUGCCACGCUGGGCCUAUGAUUUAGAAGAGAAGCGCAUUGCUGCUGAGGAACGUCUCGCAUCGGCAAUGGAGGCCAUGGUGCAGUUAAUAAGGGAAAUAAGAGACGAUAUUCGUAGCCAUAUCUCAGGUAUGAACAUAUAUUUUUGAAAUAAAUAUUAAUAAAAAUAUUAUACAUCUAAAUUUAA